CCUGCGGGUCGGAAGUGAGCCGAGCUCCGGCCGCCCCCGCCCCGCCGCCGAGGCUGCCGCCGUCGCUAUGGAGUAGCCGCGACAGGACGGGGCCCGAACGAGAGACGGAGCCGGCGUGACAGGCGGCCCGCCGGGCCCUCAGGGCGACGGGCAGCCUUGCGCUGCGCCGGCAGCUUCCCUCGGGCUCAGGAUAAGCCAUUGGUGCAAAUUGAAACCAUGGAGUCCAUGCUGAAUAAGCUGAAGAGCACUGUCACAAAGGUGACAGCUGAUGUCACCAGUGCAGUCAUGGGAAAUCCUGUUACCAGGGAAUUCGAUGUCGGGCGACAUAUUGCCAGUGGAGGUAAUGGUCUUGCGUGGAAGAUAUUUAAUGGAACUAAAAAAUCAACAAAGCAGGAAGUGGCUGUUUUUGUCUUUGAUAAGAAGCUAAUAGACAAGUACCAAAAAUUUGAAAAAGAUCAGAUUAUUGAUUCCUUAAAACGAGGUGUUCAACAGCUAACUAGGCUUCGACACCCUAGACUACUUACUGUUCAACAUCCAUUAGAAGAAUCCAGGGAUUGCUUGGCAUUUUGUACAGAACCAGUCUGUGCAAGUUUAGCUAAUGUUCUUGGCAGCUGGGACAACCUACCUUCUCCUUUACCAUCAGACAUUAAAGAAUACAAACUUUAUGACGUGGAGACCAAAUAUGGUUUGCUUCAGGUUUCUGAAGGUUUGUCGUUUUUGCAUAGCAGUGUCAAAAUGGUCCAUGGAAAUAUUACUCCUGAAAAUAUAAUUUUGAAUAAGAGUGGAGCAUGGAAAAUUAUGGGAUUUGAUUUUUGUAUCCAAUCGACAAAUCCAUCUGAACAGGAGCCGAAGUUCCCUUGUAAGGAAUGGGAUCCAAACUUGCCAUCCUUGUGUCUUCCAAAUCCUGAGUAUCUGGCACCAGAAUAUAUUCUCUCUGUGAGCUGUGAGACAGCCAGUGAUAUGUACUCUCUGGGAGCUGUUAUGUAUGCAGUGUUCAAUAAAGGGAAACCAAUUUUUGAGGUCAACAAGCAAGAUAUUUAUAAAAGCUUUAGUAGACAGCUGGACCAGCUGAGCCGUUUAAGCUCCAGUACUCUCCAGAACAUACCCGAGGAGGUGCGUGAGCAUGUAAAGCUACUCCUAAACGUAGCUCCGGCAGUCAGGCCAGAUGCAGAUCAAAUGACUAAGAUACCAUUCUUUGAUGAUGUAGGAGCAAUGACGCUUCAGUAUUUUGAUUCAUUAUUUCAAAGGGAUAACCUGCAGAAAUCACAGUUUUUUAAAGGACUACCAAAAGUUCUGCCAAAACUACCUAAGCGUGUUAUAAUUCAGCGAAUUUUGCCUUGCUUGACUUCCGAAUUUGUGAAUCCUGAUAUGGUACCCUUUGUCUUGCCUAAUGUUCUCUUAAUUGCUGAGGAGUGCACCAAAGAAGAAUAUAUAAAGCUCAUUCUACCUGAUCUUGGUCCUGUUUUUAAGCAGCAAGAACCAAUCCAGGCAAGCAACAUGAUAUUGUUAAUCUUCCUGCAAAAAAUGGACUUGCUUCUGACCAAAACUCCACCAGAUGAAAUAAAGAACAGCGUUCUACCGAUGGUUUAUAGAGCCUUGGAAGCACCUUCAAUUCAGAUACAGGAGCUUUGCCUAAACAUAAUUCCCACCUUUGCCAAUUUAAUAGAUUACCCAUCAAUGAAAAACUCAUUAAUUCCAAGAAUUAAAAAUGCAUGUUUGCAAACUUCUUCUCUUGCUGUCCGGGUAAACUCAUUAGUGUGCUUGGGCAAGAUUUUGGAGUACUUGGAUAAAUGGUUUGUGCUUGAUGAUAUUUUACCUUUUCUACAACAAAUUCCAUCAAAGGAACCUGCGGUGCUCAUGGGAAUUUUAGGUAUUUACAAAUGUACAUUUACUCACAAGAAGUUGGGAAUUACCAAAGAGCAGCUUGCAGGAAAAGUAUUGCCCCAUCUGAUUCCUCUUAGCAUUGAGAACAAUCUUAAUCUCAAUCAGUUCAAUUCUUUUAUUUGUGUUAUAAGAGAUAUGCUCAAUAGAUUGGAAGCAGAGCAUAAAACAAAACUUGAGCAACUUCAUGUCAUGCAAGAGCAACAGAAAUCCUUGGACAUAGCCAACCAAAUGGCUGGGUCUGAAGAGGCAAGAUCUAGUGGUACAGGCAAUCAGAUUGAUAAGGUAUUUAAUAAUGGAACUGACCUUCUAACUAGUGGAUCUGAUAGUAAAGAGAAUGAGAUGUCAUCUAUUCAGAGAAAGGCCUCACUUACCCUGGAAGAGAAGCAAAAGCUAGCUAAAGAACAAGAGCAGGCACAGAAGCUGAAAAGCCAGCAGCCUCUUAAGCCCCAAGCAACUACAGUAACACCUCCAGUGAAGCAGACAAAAGACUUGACAGAUACCUUGAUAGAUAAUAUGUCAUCUUUGACCAGCUGUCCUAUCAACCAAGCUCAAGUUGCAUCUUCAAACAGCUUCUCUUCCAUUCCUUCUAUGGGUGUUGGAAUGGGAUUUUCAUCACCCAUCGACAGCACAAAGAGAAAUAUGACAAAUGGACUAAAUACAAAUAUGGGGUUUCAGACUGCUGGAUUCACUAUGGGAGCAGGUCUUGCUACUCAGAAUUUCUUCAGCGGUCCAGGUGCAACAGGAGCAACCAAGAUGAACAUUGUACCACCUGCCAAUAUGCCAAAUUACAGUCCUAUGAAUGCUGCAUCUGCAGUCUCUCCACUGACACAACCAAACAGACCCCCAGACAUGUCUGCUUUAGAUAAUCUUUUUGGUCCUCAAAAACCCAAAGUUAGCAUGAAGCAGUUGGCUCAACAGAAAUCAAGCCAGUGGGUUAAUCAGUUUGUGCCACCGCCAGGGUCCCCGAAUGCGAGCAGUGCAGCCUUGGGACCUCAGAUGAACAUGAUAGCACAGCCAGGCUUUGGGAUACAGGGUAAUCCUUUCUUUUCUCCUCAGAACUUCGCACAACCAGCAAACACAAUGACAAACAGCAGCUCAGCUAGCAAUGACUUAAAAGAUCUUUUUGGGUAAAAUGUUUCUUCUUCUUUCAAAGAUUGAUGAAAUUUGGAUCAUGGGUAAGCUGAUUCACAUCUUGUUUUGCUUAAUAAAAACAUGACUUGGGGAAACGUUCAACCCAGCAAAGUAAAGACUUUUGGAUAGGAAAAAAGGCUGAUGUUUCAUUCACCUGGUACUGGAAUUGUGUAAGUGCAAAGUCAUCUUACAUGCUAAAGAUUUCCUGUCUCUUUACCAGCAUGAGAGUGCUGAAGGUAGGAUGCGUAUAUUCAACUGAAAAAGAAGUAUAUAGAAAUUAUUCAGAGGUGAACUCAGUCAACUCCUAUGAAAUUUCCUACAAAAUUUUGUUUCUUAAAUUCAGCAAAAAUGCUUCGGGGAUAAUGACACUAUUGGAUGCAAACCUGGAGAAUUACUCAUGUUGCCUGGAUUUGUCACAAGCUGUCAUUUUGUCCUACGACAAAACGAAAAUUCUUACACUGGCCCAAAAGUUUGGAUAGCUAAUACAGAGAAAACUCUAACCAAUAGCUAUGGGUGAGACUAAGAAGGGAGCAUAUUUUGACUUUCUUCUCUCACAUUAGCUAAUGUAAUGAAUAUGGUAGUAAACUAUAAUAGGAUUCAUCAGGUGUAAGAAGUUAUUCUAAAAUUUGGUUCAAGUUUGGGACAGAGUAAGAACACUACUUCAAAGGUCAUGCUGGUUAACAGUCUCUUACAUAAUGCCAGAUCCUUGUUACAAGCCCCAUAGCAAAAGCAACAUACCACUUAAGCAGAAUUUUAAAAUACAUGUGGUGAUUUCAUCACAUUUACUAUAUAUUCCAUUGUUUUGGCUAAUAUAAUACUGCUUCUAACUCAUGUAAGAAAAAAUUGUAGUUACAAAACCUCACAAAAUGAAUGUAAAUGUAAAAUUCAUGUUGACUGCCCCACCUGUGUAACUAAAUGCACUUUAAUAGUUACACAGAAAUAUCUUGAAUUAAUUAAUAAUUUUUGGUUCAGUUGAGACGAUGAAAAAGGAUCGCCUUAUACAAUUUGCACAGGGUUGUGUGAAAAAGCAGACUGCCAUAAAUUGCCUUGACUAGGAUGAACUAUUUCAUUUUAAUUUUGGUUUAAAUCAAGUCCUUAUGAAGGAUAGAUUGACAUGAAGUGAUUUCUCAAAUAUGGUUUUGUAAGCUCUAGAGUGUAUGAUAAAUACACAGGUAUUUCAGAUCCUUUUUAUUGUAUUACUCUAAAUUCAAUAAAGGUCUCCAGAAAUCCAAAUAGUAGUCUUCUACUUCCAGAAGGUGUAUGUUCAGCUUGCCCAUGGUGGAAUCUCUGCUCUGUCAGAUACUACUGCUGGGUUUAAAAUUUUUUUUCCUAAGAAUUUCAAGAGCUUUCUUACCUAGUAUUUUGAAGUCUAUAAAUGGUUAUUUUGAGAAGGAAAGAACUAGUUACCUUUUUUAUGGAAAGCCUACCUGCUUAAUUUUUCAAAGCCUUUCACUGAAGAAAUUCUUCUUUCAUUUGCUGCUUAAGAAACCAAAGGGCCUUAUGCUGUAAAUAUGACUUGUAUUUUGUUAUACUUCCACAGUUCUAAGCAGUGAUAGCAUUAAGCAUAUUUCUUAAACAAUUCUUUAUGUAUUAUAGCUGCUGCAUUAGUCCUAUUGUUUUAAAAUUCCUGGGACCAAUAAAUUUGUGGUCUAGAAAACAACACUUAAUACAUUGUGAUGCUUAUGUGCUGUUAAUAUUCAUAGUAAGCAUUGUAGGUUAUGUAAAAACAUCCAUGUAAGUUUAAGUACAAUACUAGAACUGUUGAACUAUUUAAGUUCAUUUAUAGUUGUUGGCACUCUAUACUCUCAAUCACAGUAAUGUCUUCUGUCAACUCUUAGAAGCUGUGUUUUGUAAGGGUAACCUAAGGCAAGCCUUUGAAGAUUUACUUGAAUCUGUAUUCCUCUGAAUUAUUGGGAAAAUAAGUUUAUAUUAAGAACAACAUCUCAUAGGACUCUACAAUGUGCUAAAUUAAUACAUCUGUGGCAAAGGCAGUCUUAAAAGUCAGUGUCCUGAUCUGGGGUUUCAGUCACUGAUCUCUCUGGACUGGGAGUUUUUCAGAACUGGAUUUAGUUUAUCCUAUUGCAGGGAAAUAGGGAAAGUUAAGUGAAAAAAAAAAUUGAUCUGAUUUUCGUCUACUAGACUUCCUAAACUGUGUGGUUUGGGGUAUGUACUUUUGGCAUGGGCUAUACCAGAACAUAAUCUAUUUUGUAAGAACAAAGUAAAAAAAAGUCUUAUGAGUUCAAAUUAAAGGAAGGUAUUUUAUGAAGUGGUAAUGCAAUAGAAUAAGGUCUUUAUCUGACUCAAGCAAUAGGACUUCUUUCCAUUUAUAUUUGAGAACAUAACUUUGAUUUCUCUUGUUUGCUGCAAUUUUCAGAAUGCCCAGAGUAGAAAAGCAGCAAAGAAAGCUGAAUAGGAUACUUACAAAAGCUCUAACAAAAUUUUCCAGUUAUUUAAAAAUUAAAAUAAAUAAAUAAAAAACUGUAUUUAAAAGGAGUCCAAUCCCUUUUCCACGUAGAUGCUUCCUGCUUAGUGUGUCAGGAAACUCAGUGUGUUUGAAGUUCUUGAACUUUUCUUAACUUAAAGAAAAGAGGACUUGCAAGAGGUAAGUCACCAUGGCCACGUGCCACGUGCCACUUGGCUCCUGCUACAAUCGUUUUUCUUCAGGAAGCCUUGGCCAGCUGAUCUCUCCACUUACAAGUCAUCAUUCCAAGAACCUGCAAGAGGCUGGAGGACUUGUUUUGUGGCCAGAGUGAAUUGUUUGAGAGCAGCAGUUGUGCUUCACAUCCAAGUUGGUUUUUGGGAAAGACAAAGGGGAAGGGACAAUGUUACAAAAUGUGGGUAUUCUAAGAGCCUCCUGUGGCUGAACUUGGAUGGAAAGCAGUGCUACAUCAUCUAGCUUGGCCUGAAGCAGAGGGUCUGCCUGGUCCUCAUGUCAAGUAAAACAGAGAACAUGGUUUUGAAAUUGGUACCUGAUUAAGAAACUACAAAUACUGCUAAUGAUAUGGUAACCUGGUAAUAAGUUAUCCUGUACAAUGCCUUGAGGAAGACUGUAAAUUACACUAAAUUUCUGCCCUUCCUAUUCAAACUAAUUUAAAGGAAAAAAUGUGAAAACCUGUCAGGUUAUAUCAUCACAGCACCCACUGUGAUCAUGUCUUCAUUCUACUGUGGAAAUGAGAACAGGUCUGGGCUGAAGUGCCCAGCCCAUCUAGUUUACAUUCAUUUGUAAAGGGAAGGUAAAGGGAAGGGAGUAAGUUCCUAUUCCUUAGGUGAUGCAUCUAUAUUUUAUUUACUGCAAAAGGGGAAGCUAAGUGAAAAUAGCUGCACAUCUUACAUCAUUUGUGCUUUGGCUGCUCUGGUGUAUGCUAAAUGAACAUGAGUGCACCAAGACAGCAGUGUUUUCCAUAUUAGAGCUCUUGGUUCCAUUUGGGUUUAAGUAUGAAAGUGUCUGAAGCAUCCUCUCAAAACUCAGUCACAGAAAACAAACUAAUCCUGCAAGAGGGAAGGAUUGUAUUAAAAAGGCUUGAAAAAUCUCUAUUUGGGCUGAUGGAGAACCUUAAAACUAUUGAGUUUCAGAUUAGCUUAGAAACCCCUUGUUCUGACUCUUGAGAGAAACUGGGAAUGAAAUGGCACAAGUGUCACUGGAGGAGGGAACUGAUCUUCUGUUCCUUUUUAUCACACCAGUGGUGUGAAUGAGGCACAGAACAGCCCUUGGAAUUUGCUUAUGCAGGAAGGCAGCAGUACCAGAGAAGUAUUUUGAAAGGUAAAGGAGUCCACCAAUUAUUUGGGAGAUGGGGAGAGAAAUUUUACUGGGAGCAUGGGUAGAAUGCCCUAGUUUGUUUUGGUGAAGAUACUAUGUUCUCCUCACUGUGAAUAAGAAAUGUUGUGGGGAAGUUGUGGCCUUACAACUUGUGUUAAGUAUCCCAAGUAAAAGGCUGAAUUUUUGGAUGUGUAGGUACACAACAUUUCAAGCCUUAUUCUUUAAAACUUUCCUUUUCUGUUUUGUCUUUUCAGCAACAACUAGUUCACAUUUAUGUGGAACCUUAACGAAUACCCUGAUUGCCUUUAAAAGUUAGAAAAAUGUAUGUUGACUUCUGUAAUAUAACCCCUGUUGUAAUGUUAUCUGUGUCUAUAGAUAGUGUGAUUAUAUUCUAGAUUAUAGGAUUUUUGGAUUUUUCUGUUCAACUGCACCAAAAAAAACCCAGAGACUAAAUGAGAAGUUAGAUUUGGAUCAAAUUACAUAAAGCUUCCAUACAGGCUAACAAUUAUAUGAUACUUGUGUUGUCUCUUAUAAAUAAUACGUGCUUAGUCUGCCUACAUCUGUGUGACUUGAGCAGAAAAGGAAAGUUUUUAAAACAAGUUUAUGAACACUGGAUCUUGCAUUACUGGAUCUUGCAUUACAAUGAAGUUUUUGGACUUUGGAGUGACCUUUGCUUAUUGAUUAGGGUUUUUUUAUUGGGGUUGGGUGGGAUAUUGCUGAUUUGUGCCAUUUCUAAUGAAAGAAGCAUAGGGAAAGGGAGUCCAGAAAAAAAAAUACCCUGUUGUAUACAUAACCCUUCUUUUUCUUUAAGAGAUUUAUUUAAGAUGUAUUUAAGAGAUAUGCUGCAUUUUAUAUAUUCAUUGUGAACUUUUCCUUUGGAAAGCUGUGAGGAAAACCUAUCUGGAGAAUUUCAGAUGACUUACCUGAUUUUCAACCUGAGGUUCUGCCUUGUACCUUACUUUCCAUUAGGUUUUGACUGCUUUGCAAGAAAAUUAUACAAGGCACUAAAACCUUGGAUUUAUACACCAAAUCCUCUUGCCUUUCAGGCCUCACCCUUGUAUCAACAUAACAAAUAAGCCCUGAAGUUGUAUUGUCUUUGAGUUCUCUGAAACAUGUCUAACUGCUGUACAGAUUUCUGAGAUGAAUCUGUAAAUCAAAAUGUGUUAUAGUGAACUCAGGCCUUGUGCAAAAUAUUUAAUACUUGUUUAUUUGUCUAAUUGUACAGUCUCUGUACUAGUGGCAGUUUUAUGUUCUGAUUGUAAAACAUUAAAAGUCUCAUGAGAUUUAUAGUGAUAUUGUCGUUGUGUCAGCUGUGAUUCAUAGAGAGAACUGUCUUAGCAUGGCAUUAGUGUAUACCUGGUUUAUUGGACAGCUCUUCAAAACCAAAAUUAUUCUUGUAUCAACUUUUAGAUCAGUUACUUUAAAGCUAUGUAAAAGGUACAGUGGCAGUUUUGAGAAAUACACAUCACUUUGUACUCUGAAUUAGGUUGCCUAUGGAAAUAAAUGAACUUUUCGUAUUUUCA